UCAGCUAUAGUUCUAUAACAUCAGACGGUGCCAGUGUGUUGAGGAUUCAAUCUCUCGACUUAAAAACUCGUUUCGCAAAUAACGAACAAACCAUGACCACCGUCGUAAACGUCGUUAACAAAAUAAACUCAUAGUACUAAAAAUGUGCUUCAACAGUCACUUUAAAAAUACUGGACUGAAAAUGGCGCUGAAAGUGAAAUCCUUUGUGUUAUUAAGUUAUCAAAGAAAUUAAAAUGGCGGAGGCGAAUGAGUGUCUGUUGUGUUUGUAUGUAAUAAAUUAGUAACAGUCAUUCACAUAUGCACAGCUACUUAUACUACAUAACUGAAACAUCCAUUGUUUAGGGAGGAAGCAUCCUGUUGUGAGUCAGUGUUAUUCAUGUCCUAUAGAAGCCUUGGAAGUGACUUGGCCGGCCACCCACCCACAAUGUUAAGUUAGUAUUUGUCGAACGUUGCAGCGAUACGGUGUUUGCGGUAACAGUUUUAAAACAGCUUAAAAAUGGGCGUACUUAUAUCAAGAUUUAGGAGGAAGAAAACUACUCUUGAGAUUUUGGAGAGUCUAGAAAAUAGGAUUAAAUCAGUUGAAGAAAAUAGACUGCAUACAGAACAGAAGCAACGGAAGAUAGUAGGCCACCUGAUCCUUUAUUCAGUUGGUGUAUAUGUUAUUGCUGCAGUGUCCUUUUACUUUCUGUACUUUCCUGCCUCACUUCAAGAUCAGCUAUUUUACAUUACACCGCUACUCAUAUUUCCCGUCAUAGUUGUUUUUGUGAAACGCCUAGUGACAUGGUACUAUAGACGCAAAUUGACAAGCAACCAAGAGAAACUUCAUGACAUGAGGGAAGAGAAAAAAAGGCUGCUAGAGGAUGUAAUGGAAAAGGAGACAUACAAAGUGGCGAAACAGAUCUUGGAGAAGUUUGCACCGGACCAACUACGGAAGUCACCUAGUGUAGGUAUACCAGCGAAAUUUAGUGGAUCUCCAGACUUGUCAGUCCAUCGACGAGCUACCAUAGCUUCACUUAACACUAGUACUCCACACAAGUCAUCACCUCCAAUUAUGAGUACCACUGGUUCCAUCGCCGUUCAUUCUCCUGGUACUGAUGUAAGGAGGCGAUCACCACUGCAACCUCCAGGCCCAGUACAGCCACCGGUAUUACGGGAUGCAGCAGUGUAUUUGACAUCUGGCCAAGCAAAUGGGCAAGGCAUUGUUCAGCGUCCUGCUCUUCCCAUGCCUCGACCCAUUCUGCCAAGGGAUCGCAGCUACCUCGACAAGCUUGUGGAGAAUUUGGUUGGUGAUGGGCCUAGCAAUCGUUAUGCUUUGAUCUGCAAAAAUUGCGAGUCUCAUGAUGGAAUGUCCCUGAAGGAGGAAUUUGAAUAUAUUGGAUUUCGUUGUUGCUACUGCUUUUAUUGGAAUGCGGCUCGAAAGCAGCGACCACAAGCGCCUAGGCUUCCUUCAACUACUGGAAGGUCGGAGUUACCUGAACACACAUCUGCCUCUGAGUUAGAGAGUUCCUCAGACACAGAAGAAGAAUCUGAUAGUGAGCAGUCAUCUGACUCAGGGCCAAUAACAGAGGAUGGUGGCACAAAAAUCGCAGAAGUUGAUGCAGCAACAGAUCUGGCACAAAUGUCAGAACCUGCUGAGCCACAAAGCACUGAAGAUGAAGCAUGUGAUAAGCAAUUAAAGAUUAAACCUUCUAGUUCAGAUGUGGGAGAUACAGAAGAAACAAAAUUAUCAGAUUCAUGAUUGCAAUACAAAUGAGGACAUUAUAUUGAAAAUUCAAAUCACUGAAUGCCAUACAUUUAGCUAGAUAUUUGAAAAUGAAGCGGUCUUAACUGUCAGUUUUAUUUUCAACUAGAUCAUUAAUUCAAAUCAAGUAAAUUGUGAACUAUGAUAACUAGAUACUAAACUAUUUUAGUAUGUUUACAUCGUGUACUCUAUUUUCCUGUUGGAAACAUAAAAGAGUCGUGGCUUUCCGUCAUCAUUUUAUUAACAUGCAAGUAAUUUUUGUAAAGCAAAAAUAGAUCUUUACAAUUAAAUUUAGAUAUGUAAG